AGAUUGAAAAUAUAUAACUACGUCAUAGCAGCAGUAGGGUCCUGACUGGACUUCUGUUUGUGGUGUCCAGGGUAGCGCGAGUUGUGGCUCCUAAGAAGGCGGCUCUCAAAGAAGCUGAAGCAGAGCUGGCUGUUGCCAUGGAGAGUUUGAAUAAGAAGCGUUCCGCUCUUCGCGAGGUUCAGGACAAGCUUUCUCGACUGCAAGAGAAGUACGAAGCUAAUGUGAAGAAGAAGGCAGAUCUUGAAAAACAAGUUGACCUUUGUACCAAAAAACUUGACCGCGCAGAGAAAUUGAUUGGUGGUCUUGGUGGAGAAAAAACAAGGUAUAUCUCCUUCAUUUCUUCUCAGUGUUUUUCCUGUUCUCGAAUUUGUCAUAAAACUGCAGCAAAAAUCGGCCUUUUUUGAAGAAAGGAGCAUUAUUACCCACAUCUCAACGGAAAUAAAUUAGGGACGAAGAGGACGGUGACGAGAACGUCACCAAACAAAAGGUUGAAUGAGCAAAACAAUGGCUGUGCACGUGCGUUAUAAAUCUUUGUACAUUUCUUUGCCGUCCUCUACAAAACAGGAACGUGAAAUGACCAAGUUCUGCGUAGUCUAAGGAACGCGAACGAUGACGGUUAAUUUGUCGUAUUUUUAUUAGAAAGUGAACGCUGUUAUUACAUAAUUAGCCUGAGCAAGUUUUUAGAGCCA